AUGGCGAUUCUUACGGACGGCGAUUCUGAAGGCGAAAACCCUAGUGGAGGCGAUGGUGGCGGAGGCUCAGCCUCGACAGGCACAAAGGAAGGGGAUCUGUUACGUGUUUCACUGAUGGAUUCCGAGGCGAGAGAAGUGCAAGGCGGGACUUCGAAUAUCGUUAAGGCGGGGACGCAAGGGGAGAAUGAGGGAGGGAGAACGGGGGCUACGGUUGGGUCUCCGAUCUCCAUUAAGGAUGGUGCCAGUAAGACUAAUUCUCCAUGGUUGAAGAAUAGUCAGGCUGGUCCUUCGGUACCGGUAAUUGAAGUUGUCGGAGGAGUGGCUUCGAUGCAAAUUCCAGAGGAUAUCUUUGAUGAGUCUGAAUUGCUGUGGAAGUCAUUUGUAGUAGGCUAUUUCAUUGGAGAUGCCCCUCAUAUUGGCUCAGUGCACGCGACUGUGAAUCGCAUUUGGUCUACACCCAAAGAUGGAUCAAAGAUUGAUGUGCAGUUUAUUGAGAAGAAUACUGUUCUGUUUCGUAUUGAUAACAGUCAGAUGAGGACUCGUGUGUUACAGAGGAAAUAUUGGCACAUUGCAAAUGUUCCAUUAGUGGUAAACGUUUGGUCUCCGGAGUCGGCACUCAACCCUCCUGACCUGACUUCAAUGCCGCUAUGGGUUGAUUUGUGUGGAGUUCCAAAUGAUCUUUACUCACAUAAAGGUCUGAAGUGUCUGACAAGAGCAGUAGGGCGUUUUGUUAAGCUGCAUCCAAACACGGAGAGAUGUAUUCGGUUGGAUGUAGCGCGUGUUCUGACUGAAGUGAAUCUUCAUGAACCUUUGGUGGAAAAGAUCACUUUUAAAGAUAAGGAAGGAGUGGAAAGAGAGAUUGGGGUGAACUUCCCUUGGCUUCCACCUCGAUGUACUGUGUGUAGGAAAUGGGGGCAUAAGGCACAAGACUGUACUGGAAAGGAAGUCAAACUGCUGAAGAAACCAGAAGAAGAAGAGAAAGGGACGCAAGUAGAGAUAUUGGCUGAUGUUGAAAAGGAUGUUGGGUUGAAUGAUAGGGCUCUAAGUGAUCUUCUUCAGGAUCUGGAAGCGAUCACUCCUCGACCUGCUAUAUGUGCUUCAUCCAAUGAUUUGGAAACUGAUAUCAAUCAUAAGACCUUAGAUGAGCAGCAUUUACAGGCUAGAGAAAAGGCACAAGGGAUCCAGUUGAUUGAGCCGACCACCGAAGCAUUUCACACUAAUGACACGUGUGGUUGGGAAAAUGCUCAUGGAGGGAGGAAAGGGACAGAAAUAGGUGGUAAUCAGAGCCACCAGGAAGUACUGCAAAAUCAACGUGCAGAUGGAAAAGGAAUUGCAGUUUCACCAUCCAGAUUUAGUCCUCUACAAGAUAUCGUAGAGGAUGAAGAGGAGGAGGAAGAGGAAGAAGAGAUAUUAAAAGAAGUUGAGGAUGGGGAGAUCGUGGAUAGUAAAGCAGCAGGAAAGAAAGUUCAGAGAACGCAAGCAGUGAGUAGUAGGCGUUCCGUAGCGGUUGGGAAGCAAGCGAGGGGCAAGGUUGCCCGUUCUAAGGAUCUACUAAUUUGGUUUUGCUGGUCUAAUGAUGUUAUAGUUACGAAGCUGCAUAUGAGUGCACAAGUUAUUACCUGUGCUAUUCAAAUUCCAAGCACAGGUGAGCAGUUUAUUUGCUCAGCGAUAUAUGCUUUCAACACAGUUGGCGAGAGAAUGACACUAUGGGAAGAGCUGAGGGGUACUAAGGCGGCUUACUGUCAUCUCAAAUUACCGUGGAUAAUUUUGGGGGAUUUUAAUGCCACACUCUCUUCUAGUGAGCAUUCUCGGGCUAUGGAUUACAGAGGUGAUCAGAUAGGGAUGAGACACUUUCAGGAGGCGAUAACUGAUUGUAUGGUCACGGAUCUGCCAUAUACAGGGGCUCUUUUUACAUGGUGGAAUAAAAGAGUUGAAGACCCGAUUGGGAAAAAGUUAGAUAGAGCUCUGGUUAAUAGUGAAUGGCUGAGCCAUUAUCCUCAGGCUUCUGCACAGUUUGAUGCUGGGGGAGUCUCUGAUCACGCCAGAUGUGUGAUACGGGUGACAGGUGCUGUGAAUCAAGCUCGAAAACCAUUCCGGUUCUUUAACUACCUCACAGAACAUCCAGAUUUCCUAGCUACGGUUAAGGACGUAUGGGAUAAUACAGAGCCUAUUUACCAUUCGAGGUCAGCCCUCUCUAGGUUUCAUAAGAAGCUUAAACUCCUCAAACAGCCUCUGCGGGCAUUGAACAAGACACACUAUGGGGAUUUACCAGCGCGAACUAAGCAGGCCUAUGAAGAGUUGUGUAACUGUCAGAACACAGUGCUACAAGAUCCUAGUCCUGAAAACAUAGCUAGAGCAGCAGCAGCAGAAGAGAAGUGGAAUAGAUUAGCUCGCGUUGAGGAGAAAUUUUACAUGCAAAAAUCUUGUGUUCGUUGGCUACAAGUGGGAGAUCAAAACACAAGAUUUUUUCACUCAGUGGUGCAGACAAGGGCUGCUCGAAACACGAUCAGAAGCUUGGUUAAUGGGCAGGGAGAAGUGCUCACAUCUGAUCAGGAUAUUAAAAAAGAGGCAGUUUCUCACUUUCAGACAUUCUUGCAGAGCCAGGAUGCUACAUUGGAGGAAACUUCAGUUGCUUCCCUUCAGGAGUUAUUAACAUACCGGUGCUCAAAUGAAACUGCAGCGGCGCUGGCUUGCCCUGUUACAGCGAAGGAAAUAUAUCAGGCUCUCCAAGCUUUACCUAACGGCAAGGUCUCCGGUCCAGAUGGCUUCACCAAAGAGUUCUUCGUGGCAGCUUGGUCUAUUAUAGGCAGGGAAUUCAUUGUGGCGGUGCAAUCCUUUUUUCUCUUCGGCUUCAUGCCUACUGGUGUUAAUGCUACAAUCCUCUCUCUCAUACCGAAGACAACGAAUGCACAGACAAUGAAGGAGUAUAGACCAAUAGCCUGCUGUAACUUCUUGUACAAGGUUAUCUCCAAAGUACUUGCUAAUAGACUCAAAAUCAUAUUCCCGGAAGCCAUUGAAGCCAACCAAUGUGCUUUCAUCACAGAUCGUUUAUUAUUGGAGAAUGUUUUGCUUGCCUCAGAACUAGUUAGUGGCUAUCACAGAUCAGUGACCGAAGCGAAGUGUGCUAUCAAGUUUGACAUAUCCAAGGCCUUUGAUACAGUGAAAUGGUCUUUCAUCACCUCGGUUCUGCUUGCCAUGGGUUUGCCUCCUCAGUUUGUCAAUUGGAUCCGGCUCUGCAUCACUACUGCGGCUUUUUCAGUGUCUGUUAAUGGAAGUCUGGAGGGUUUUUUCACUAGUGCUAGAGGAAUACGGCAGGGUUGCUCACUCUCACCAUAUCUCUAUGUUAUACUGAACAAUGUGCUUUCUAAGCUCUUGAACAAAGCAGCAGCAGCAGGUGAGUUUGCUUAUCAUCCGCAGUGUGAGGGAGUUAAGCUCACGCAUCUGAGUUUUGCUGAUGAUAUAUUAGUAUUCACCAAGGGCACAACGGGUUCACUUAUGGGCGUUCUGGAGGUUAUGAAAAGAUUCGCUCGAAUGUCUGGUCUCCACAUUAAUGUGGCUAAGUCUUCUAUAUUCGCAUCAGGGCAUAAUAUCAGUGACCUACUUGCUGCAGCAGAAUCGUUAAAUAUUGGAGUGGGCACACUACCUAUUCGCUACCUCGGCAUGCCACUGACGACUAAGACACUUACCAGCCAUGACUACGAGCCAUUGAUAGAUAAAAUCAGAAGUAGAAUGCUCUGCUGGUCCAACAAAACUCUAUCGUUUGCAGGACGACUACAGCUGAUUAAAUCAGUCAUAGCCAGUAUGGUCAAUUUUUGGAGUCAGGCAUUCAUACUGCCUGCGAAAUGUCUUGAUAAGAUAGAGAGUAUGUGUAGUGCCUUCCUCUGGUCAGGCUCACCAACACAAACUCAUAAAGCAAAGGUCAGUUGGGAUGAUUUGUGUGUUCCAAAAGAGGAGGGAGGUCUUGGAAUCCGGAAGCUGCGGGAGACGAACAGAGUAUUUGCUCUGAAACUCAUUUGGCGUCUCUUCACUCAACCUACUUCACUGUGGGUGAGCUGGGUUAAGCAUUAUUUGCUCAAAUAUAAUUCAUUCUGGGAUGUAAGAGAUGACACAAAGGGAUCUUGGAUAUGGAGGAAGUUACUCAAAUUGAGAGAUGUGGCUUAUGAAUUUUUGAGGUUUGAUAUUCAAGAUGGCAACAACUGUCACUUUUGGUUUGAUGAUUGGUUGGGGCAAGGGAAGCUGAUCGACAUCACAGGUCCUACAGGCACUACUUAUUUGGGCAUUAGGAGACACGCUAAGGUUAGCGAUGCUGUUACAUUGGAAGAGUGGAGCAUACGAGGAAGUAGAAGCCGUAGGUUCCACGAGCUGAGAAAUAGUAUCUUACAAAGAGAACCUCCGCAACCAGAGAACGGCAAGGACAUAGUAUUGUGGAAGCAUGGGAGUGAUGAUUACAGAGAUCAUUACUCUGCGGCUAGUACGUGGGAGCAAGUGAGGUCUAGGAGGCCUACAGUCGAGUGGAGUCGAGUAAUCUGGUUCACACAAGGGGUCCCACGAUUCUCAUUCAUAACUUGGCUAGCAGUGAAGAAUAGACUAUCAACUGGUGAUCGUAUGAGACAAUGGGGAAUGGUACAGAGUUGUGAACUUUGUGGAGAGAGAGAUGAAACGCGUGAUCAUUUGUUCUUCGCAUGUCCUUAUUCCUACACAGUGUGGGAGAGUCUGGCUAGGAGACUUAUUGGCAUCAGCAUCAAUCCGGAUUGGCAAUGGACACUGCAUCGCAUACAAAGAAUGAGUCAAGGGAAAGCUGAUACUGUUUUGGUGAAGCUUUUGUUGCAGACCACAAUUUACCACAUUUGGAGAGAAAGGAAUGGGAGGCGUCAUCAGCAAAGCAGAGUCACCACUGAUCAUAUGCGUCGGCGCAUUGAUAAGGCAGUGAGAAACAGAAUCUCAUCACUCAAAUACAGUCAAUCGGAAUCGAAAUGGGUGUUUCAGAAAUGCAUUUGGAGUAACGGCGAGUGCGGCGUCUUCUUCGUUAGUCUCUACGAUCUGCGCGACGGCGAGAAGAGAUUGCUGACGUUUCGGCUGAACACCGGGGCGUGCGAUCGGAUUUCGGCGGUUACGCUUCAGAGAGAGUUUAUGAGAGAGACGACGGUUGCGGAUGGAUGUUGCGACGAACACGUGGCGAAGGAUGUGGGGUUAGGUAAGGCGAUAGAGGAGAUGAUUCCGAGUGGGGAAGGGGAUAAACUGUUUUGGGCGCAUUGGAUGGACGUGCUGGGUUACUCGCUGAAUGCAUUCCGGUUCUCGAAUUUGAGUUUCGUGGAUGGACGCUGA